ACAACCCACUCUUGCAUUUGAAUGCUAAUCGUCCAACGGAGAAGACAUAAGAUAGACAAGUGCAUACUUUGCAAGUUGACUGUCUGAUAUCUUUUAGUAGAAUGUCUAUAAAAGUCAUAUACAGAAAUCUCAACAGAAAGGACGCGAAAGCGGUUGCGCGGUUGGCGUGUUUGGAGCUAUGUCAUACAGAUCCGUUGUACAAGUAUAUGUGCAUGACGGAGGCUGAUAUACUUCCAUUCUUUAGAGUAUACAUCAAAACGAUUAUCAGUCACAAGCUUUCCAUUGGAGCGUUUGAUAGGAAAACAGGAAGACUUUAUGGCUUCGUAUUGUGUUCACAUGCAAAUAAACAACUUCACCGAGAUGUUAUUGAUGGCCUUAAUCCAAUAAAACUGAACAGGAUUUUACGAAUAAUGGACAAGGUCAAAGAUCUUGGAAAAGGGUCAGAAGAAGCGGAGCUUUUCGAAUCUUCCGUGCUGGUCGAGCUGGCUGUUUCUGAACGAUGCUUAUCCGAUACCCCUGUUGACAGAGAACUGUGUUUGAGAGUUCAUCAGAAGGCGCGAAAUCUGGGAAAAGCAGUGCUCUCUGUGGCAACCGCGUUUGAUUCGCAAGCACUACUGCGGUUGGGGAAUGGCCGAGUGCUGAAAUCUAUCAGCUAUAAAACAUACAAAGACAAAGACGGCACAUCACCUUUUAAAGAGAUGCCAGAACCCGAUGUAAACAUUGAAUUCUGGGUUUUAAGUGACGUAGGCUUCGGAAAACCUUCGUCUCUAUGAAAGUAAACAGCUCGUGUUUCGUUAGCUUUAUCGAUUUUUCAAAUAACCCUUAUUUAAGAUUAUACAUUUUGCGUAUAUGUACAAAACCUACAUUUCUUCUUAAUGCUGAGUAAUACUGUUGUAAAUAACGAAAGUGAAUGUAAUAUGUCAUAAUACAACCUGUCUAGUAUUACAAGCGUGCCACUAUAUUGUUAUAGCUGUUAGGUAAUUCGAACGCAACGGAAAAUGAAUAAUGUAGGUUGUACAUGAAUGUAGAACGCAUCAUUUAUCACAACUGUCCGGACACGGCAUUUAGUCAAAAGCCUACUACUGUCUUCCAUUGUAUAUUUCGUGAUUUAUCAACUUAAUGGGAAGAAGUCACGUUAAAUGCGAUGUUGCACAAACUAAUCGUCAUUCAACUAAAAUAAACACAUCGCGUGGCACAAGCAUCGCAAAUGCCUCUCUACAGCCCGAGCUUGUUUCACAGCUGAAAUUUGCGCAGGCGUCUUAUACGCUGAUUAUUACGCGAAGGGCGCGGGUGUUUUUAUUAUGAAUGAAAUUAAGCUCCACGUUGAUUCUCACUGAAACCACUGACGUUGAUCGAAGGUUAUCGUAUUUAACACGAAAUUUUCUCGUUUGAUAAACUUGGUCAAGUCUGCACUUUCCAAAUGCAUUCAGCGAUUAUGACGAAACAAUUAAGAAAAAUAAACCUUGAGACAUGGCUUAGUAACCAAGUCCACACACAGAUAAAAUUAAAGAAUAAACAUAACUUGCUACGAAUAGUUUUCUCAAGAUGGAAAAUCACGAAGAAGCAAAUGAUUCCAAUCAAAAGAAACCUUUGUCAUCUGAUGUUCCUCUCGAACAGCUUAAAAAUAUCAGAAAUACGAUUCUGGACCUAAUUAGUACACCCGAAAAGAAGAGAAAGGAGCUGGUUUACUCUCUUGAGCAGAUCAUCGUAAGACGUCGUAAACUUUUGGAACGAAACCGAAUCAUGAUUGAACAAAUAAUUGGUUUGGCCAACUACUUUUCGAAUCCGCUCACGUCGUUGCUCGGCAUUUCAGAAGCGUUAAAGUCAACCACACGUCAUUUGUAUACUGUUGAAGCUUAUAGAAAAACAAGCCUUGAACGAUUGGAGAGCAAGCUUUUGGAGGACUACGAUUCUCGGGCAUCAAAGGAAUUCCCAGCUCUCAAGGAAGAUGUAGAGACGCUGUUAAAAGAUGCGUCGCGUUGCAUCUUAGAAGAAUCGAGGGCAAAGUACAGUUACGAUAAGGCGUGUACUAUAGGACCCAUGAAGUCUUCAUUAGGAAGUAGCUUUCACUCUCCUUCCACAAGAGCGCUUAAACAAAGUAAUCGAGCAUGGAUAGUGUCCAUGAAACUCGCAAAAGUUCAGGAGGCCAAGAAAUUGACAAAAGCAUCCGUGGACCGGGUUAACUUAAGAUACUCCGAAGCGGUAAAGAAAAGGACAAACGCACUUCACGAGUCUUUGAAGCAGUACAUCGAGAUCGACAUGAUUUUUCACGCCAAGGCACUAGAACAGCUGACCGAAGCCUAUCGAUGUUUACACACGUGGAAUAAUGUUCCCGAACCUACGAAGAACGUUGAUAUCAACGAUGACGUACCAUCAACGCAUUUGAGUAAAGUUGAUUUGAAAUCGGAAAUAUUAGAGCAGAGGAGUGGGAGGAGCAACGAAGAGGAAAGUGAGGAGUGUGACGUAUAUGAUGAAGCCGACGAGUUUGACGUAGAAAGUGAUGACGAAUUGCAAGCUAAUGGGGACACCGCCGAUUUGGUAUUAAGUGACAUAGACGUUUUAAAGGGAGUCGUGAAUGAUGUAAUGGGUAACGGUAAAAAGCCGAAUGGAACUUCAUUACACGGAGAAUCUUACUCGACUAUGACGUAACAGACACCUCAGUGCGUCAUAACUGUUUCAGUUUGUGAGGUCAUGAAAUAAAAUGCGAUAACUUUAUUCGGUUUAUAUUAUUGUCAAAUGCUGUAGCCAAAAAAAUGAAAAGCAAUUCUGCGUCCAAAUUUAAGUUUAUAUUUACAUUUAAAGUUAAACUUUCAAAGUAAAGGCAUAACACGAUACAAUGCGAUCCACGUCUUAGAUUUUCAGGUCUCCGUUCUCAUAGUCCAACAGCGCAUCCAGUAUUUGAAUAGAUCUUGACUGAGCUGGAGUCGGCGUAGAUCGCUCAGACUUGUGCACUAGCUUGAACACGGGUGUAUUUGUAUCAACUGGUACUUCCUGGUCUC